AUGAAAUUUGAAACCGGAACUAAUUCAUGGUUCCUCGAAUUCCUUCAUGUUCAGUGGAAUGCUGCUGUAAAAUUACCAAUAACAUAGGAUCCAAGGCAGGAGCCUGUUGGGUAUCCAGGCCUAUCAACAGAGCAGCAAUAUGAUAUAAGGUUCCUUCCCAAACUUUGUGGUAAUCUUGUGCCUCCAGGUCCUGCUAAUCACCAAGACCGAGAAACAAGGAUGUUGAUAUCAAUAUGGGUAAUUGAUGCAAAAGCGGAUGUCGAUACGCACACACAGUAG